AUGGGAUGUGCUCUUUUUGUCAUUGGCCCAGCGGGGUCUGGAAAGACAACUCUAACACACAUGCUGAAAGACCACUAUAGCGCACAGAAAAGGAAAGUAACGCUGGUUAACCUGGACCCAGCACAGGCGCUGGACGACUUGGAGUUUGCAGUGGACAUCAGAAACCACAUAGAAAUAACGGAAAUCAUGGAGGAGGCAGACUUUGGCCCGAACGGCGGGCUCAUGGCGGGCAUAGAAGCCAUCUCAGACAACUUGGACAUAAUGGAAAUACCAGAGGAAGACGACUCUUUUCUUAUUUUUGAUUGCCCCGGACAGAUUGAGCUCUACAUACACUCAGAUUCGGUGCAGAAAAUAGUCGCAGAGAUAAGCAAAAAUAACAGCGUUAUGAUCGUGUACGCGCUUGAUGCCACACACACCAUGGACAUAACUAGAUUUGUGUCAGCCUCUAUUUCAGCAACGAUUGCCAUGGGAAAGUUUGAAGUGCCGCACAUAAAUGUGUUCACAAAGUGCGAUCUGGUGGAUGAAGAGCAGCUAGAUGAGUUUAUAUACGAUAUGGACAUUGAAGGCGUCGCAGAAAAUCUGCCUGCCAGCAGUGAAAAAGAGAAAAAGUUUAACUAUGCACUGACAACAAUUAUUCGAGACCAGGGCCUGCUUGGGUUUGUGCCUCUUAACUACAAGAAGAAUAACUCUCUGGAUGCUCUUGCGUACCAGAUAGACACGUGUCUACAGUACUUUGACACACAACUGCCAGAAGAAUGA